UUGUUCAUUUAUUUAUAUUUUUAAUUUUCGUACCCAUUUUCCGCUUCUCUUCCCUCUUUUCGGAGUCUUUUUCCCUUCUGAUCGCUGGAGACUGAAGAACCACACGGAAACAGAUUUACAAUCGCGAAGGAAACCUAAAAGAAAUGAUUCACUUUGUACUUCUACUUAGUCGACAAGGAAAAGUUAGAUUGACAAAAUGGUAUUCUCCAUAUUCUCAGAAAGAAAGAACUAAGGUCAUCCAUGAGCUUAGUGGACUGAUUCUUGCACGAGCACCAAAGCUUUGCAACUUUGUAGAGUGGAGAGGAUAUAAAGUUGUGUAUAGAAGAUAUGCGAGUCUUUACUUCUGCAUGUGCAUUGAUGCAGAUGAUAAUGAAUUGGAAAUACUUGAAAUCAUUCAUCAUUUUGUUGAGAUACUGGAUCGAUAUUUUGGCAGUGUAUGCGAACUGGAUUUGAUAUUCAAUUUUCACAAGGCAUACUACGACAAGUUUAAAAAAUGA